GGGGGAAAAGCCCUUAUAAACCCUAAGAACAAAUGCAUUGAACCAGUAAUUAAUCAAAGAGAGAGAAGUAGAUGGCGAAGGACGCAAAGGAGAGAGAAAGGGUAUGUGCGUGUGUCAGUGUGCUUUAAUUGAAAACCAAUCGAUAUAUACAUAUUAAAGUGUGUAGAGUAUUUUAAUAAUUAAUAUAAUAAUAAAUGAUAAAGAGUUGGAGAGAGUUGUGAAGGGGGACGAUGAAAGUAAGGUAUCCGGGAAAGAUGGAAGAGGAAGGUGUUGUUAUAGAUAUGCGAGCCGAUUCCGGUAGAAAAGGAACCUUCCCUGUACUUCUUCUCUUCCUCCUUUUGAUCCUCAUUUUGCCUCGUAUUUAAUCUUUCUCUCUCUUUCUUUUCUUCGAACAGUUGGUGUUUACUCUGCCUUUUGUGACUUUUUUUUUUGGGUUCUUGAUUGAGUAAUAUAUAAUUUGAUUUUGACUUUGAUUAGAGGGGUUUUCUUGCUUGGUGUUUGGUUUAUCGCUGUGUGGUGUUUCUUGUAGUGAUGCGACAGUCGGUCCAUGGACGCAUUCUUGAUGGUUCUGGAUUAGGCUAGCUGUCCAUUACCGUCUCUCUGAGAUUUAGGAUUUCUAGGGUUCCUUCUUUAUUGAUUCUACGAAGGGAAACUCUGUUCCUGUGGAUAUUGUGACAAAUCUGUUGUUCUAUUGUGAUACGAUUUCGUGUAUAUACUAUCAAGAUUUGUGAACGGAUUUCCCCCCUCGUGUUCCUCCUUGGAUGUAUUUUAUGGUUCUAGGAGGAUUUUAUUUCUCUUUUUAAACCCAUUUGAACCGGGAAACUCCUAAAUUGUAAGUUUCUCACACACUGAAAUUGCCACCCAUCAUUAUUAUUGUGGGUGUUACUUUUUAUCAUACCAAUCUUUUAUUGAAUUCAUAAACUAAGGAUUCAAGUCUACUUGAGUCUUAGAUUUUGUUUCUUUUUUUUUUCUGGAAAAGAAAAAUACUGAAUUUAGCCAUUUAGGAGAUGAUUGAACAAAGAAAGCUUUAGAGUAUACUGAAGAGGUGGAACUGGUUUUGACUAUUGUGGGGUAAUUACUUUCUAUGGGAAUACGCGAUCCUUCAAUAAUAAAUCUAUUGGAGAAGGUUAGGUCUUGGAUUUCCUGGGGAACAAGUGAUCAACCACGUUUGUCUCGUGAUUUUGAAAUGCCCAAUAACGCUGGAAAAAUGUGUUGUGAGUGUGAAACAAAAUUCACCCAGUUUUCUAAUGAAUACCAUUGCGAAAGCUGUGGUCGCUGGUUUUGUGCCAAGUGUCUAUGGGGCUGUGAAUCAGAUAAUGCCAAGAAUUUCGACGGUGGAGAUAACCUUAGGUCUUGCAAGUUCUGUGAUGGGAUUCAUUUAACGCAUGAAGACAGGAGGAAGUACAGCGAGAAAGUGCAUCCUUUUAGGUCUCCCCGGGAUAGCCCUGAACCACCAUCACCUUGUUUCAGUGGUGAAAAAAUGGAUUGUUCCAUGAGUAGCAAAUUGAUCCAGAAUGAUCGUCUUGCCCACUAUCUUGAGAUACAGAAUUAUGGAUACUCUGCUCUUGCAGCAACUGGCAAGAGUAUAACCUCAUUUAGCAAUCACCUUCCUCCAAAGAAUGUUGACUCUUCUAGCAGGAGCAAUGGAGAGUCGGAGAAUUCGGUGAAGCAUUACUUCAGCCAAUCAAGUGAAUACUGUCAUGAUGUUUCGGAUGUAGAUUCAGGAACUGCUAGUGCUAGGCAUGAAUUUUACUUUCAGUCAGUUGGAACAAGUCCUUCAGACAGCCCCUCUAGGAUUAAUUUUAGUCCUAAUAGGGCCGCACAUUCUGUACAGAGUGCGCAAGAAGGUAGACCUAUGUUAAUCUCUGAGAAAAAAGGUCCCUUCGAUCAGGAAACCAUGGCUGUUUCAAGAAGGUCUGAUGAUCCAGAAUAUACAGAUGAUUACUCUGAUGAGUCAUCGUUUUUGCAGCAUCAAUUUCAGAAGUCCAAAAAGCUAUUAGAUUUUGAAAAUAAUGAUCUUCUCUGGUUUCCUCCACCCCCUGAUAAUGAAAAUGAUGAGGCAGAUAGUAAUUUCUUUUCUUAUGACGAUGAAGACGAUGAUAUUGGGGACACAGGCGCAAUGUUCUCAUCCAGUAGUAGCCUUUCUGGCAUGUUCCCUGCUAAAGAGAAGCAGAAUGAGGGUAACGAGGAACCACUUCGAGCUGUGGUUCAGGGGCAUUUUAGGGCUCUUGUGUCUCAGCUCUUACAGGGGGAGGGAAUCAAAGUCAGCAAAGAGGAGAGCAUUGAGGACUGGCUUGAUAUACUUACAACAAUCGCUUGGCAAGCAGCAAAUUAUGUUAAACCAGAUACUAGCAGAGGAGGUAGUAUGGAUCCUGGUGAUUAUGUAAAAGUCAAAUGUAUUGCCGCAGGAAGUCGAAGUGAUAGUGCUCUUGUCAGGGGAAUUGUUUGUACAAAAAACAUAAAGCACAAGCGCAUGACCACAGAAUACAAAAAUCCGAGGUUACUUCUUUUGGGGGGAGCACUAGAAUCUCAGAGUGUCUCAAAUCAGCUGGCAUCUUUCAACACAUUAAUGCAACAGGAAAAUGACCAUCUGAAGAUGAUAAUGUCAAAGAUUGAGGCUCUUCGCCCCAAUGUUCUGCUGGUGGAAAAGACUGUCUCUCCACGUGCCCAAGAGUAUCUUCUUGCAAAGGAAAUUUCUUUAGUGCUUAAUGUGAAGAGGCCAUUACUGGAGCGUAUAGCCCGUUGCACUGGUGCUCUUAUCAGUCCGUCCAUAGAUAGCAUCUCUAUAACACGAUUGGGACACUGUGAAUUGUUCCGAUUAGAGAAAGUGUCUGAAGAGCAUGAGAUUCCCAAUCAGUUCAACAAAAAAACUUCUAAAACAUUGAUGUUUUUUGAAGGGUGUCCAAGGCGAUUAGGUUGCACGGUCCUGCUAAGGGGAGCUUGCCAUGAAGAGCUAAAGAAAGUUAAACAUGUUGUUCAAUAUGCGGUUUUUGCAGCCUAUCACUUAUCUCUGGAAACUUCGUUUCUUGCUGAUGAAGGGGCUAUUCUGCCUAAAAUGACAUUGAGACGCCCAAUAACCAUACCAGAGAAGACAACUACUGAUACUUCCAUAUCAAUCAUCCCUGCCCCUAUUGCUGCAAGGAAUUCUCAAGUGGCCAAAGCUUCUGGCCACGAUGAAGGAAUUGUUUGUCAUGCAGUAUCUGAGUUAUGUUCUGAGUGCUUUGAUCCUGGUUAUUGUGGGGUAGGAGAUGUGAUGUUUGAUGCACAUGGUGAUGAGUUAGCACAUGAUGUGGCAUGGGAUUCAUCUUCUUGGAUUCAAGGCAAAGAGUUAAAGGAUUCUGCCCUACCAACUCAAGAGGAGAGGCAAUUUGAGGAAAUCCAUGAACAGACAAGAUCUGACAGAACUGAGGAAGGUGAAGUCUUCAGCAAGUAUUUCUCCUCCACUGAUAAUCAUCAGAGCAUAUUGGUAUACUUCUCAAGUCGCUGUGUACUGAAAGGAAGUGUAUGUGAACGCUCUCGACUCUUGCGAAUAAAGUUCUAUGGCUGUUUUGACAAGCCACUUGGAAGAUAUCUUCGUGAUGACCUGUUCAAUCAGACUUCAUGCUGUCAGUCAUGUAAAGAGCCGGUUGAUGCCCAUGUCCUGUGUUAUACCCAUCAGCAAGGAAAUCUUACGAUCAAUGUUAGACGCCUUUCAUCUAUAAAGCUGCCUGGAGAACAGGAUGGUAGAAUAUGGAUGUGGCAUCGAUGCCUAAGGUGUGCUCAUAUAGAUGGAGUCCCACCAGCAACUCGUCGGGUGGUUAUGUCUGAUGCUGCCUGGGGGCUUUCUUUUGGAAAGUUCUUGGAGCUUAGCUUUUCAAACCAUGCUACCGCCAAUCGUGUUGCACCUUGUGGUCAUUCAUUGCAAAGAGACUGCCUUCGUUACUAUGGGUUUGGAAGCAUGGUUGCAUUCUUCCGCUACUCUCCUAUUGACAUUCUUUCCGUCUAUUUGCCUCCAUCAGUACUCGAAUUCAAUCUUAUUCAACAAGAGUGGAUAAGAAAAGAGGCGGCAGAGCUUAUGCAUGAAAUGGAAACGUUCUACUCGGAGUUGUCUUGUAUCCUUGACAGCAUGGAACAGAGAAGUAGAUGUAUUGGACAUGAAUCAUCAGACAUGAGCGAGAUACAGACUCACAUUAUGGAGCUGAAAGACAUGCUUAAAAAGGAAAUAAGUGAUUAUUAUGGUUUGCUACAACAUGCUGUUAUGGACACAUCACAACUGGAUCAAACAGCAAUGGACAUUCUAGAACUGAAUCGCUUGAGACGUGAACUUUUAGUUGGUUCUCAUGUUUGGGAUCGUCAGCUUUAUACACUCAACUCUUUACUUGAAACAAAUUAUGGAGUCCUGGGUAUGGGAGAGGACGCAUCUCAUGCCCAGCCGAAAGAAUCGAGUGAUCCAUUGUGUAAGGAUGAUGAGAGUAACAAUGGUAACGAAGAAAAUGUCUCAACAGCUACAAAAUUUUCUCCCCCUCCUGAGAAUGAUGUAGAGCCAGAGCUGAAGGACCCUAGUUUAAAACCCUUUGAACCAUCAAUUCUUGAGGACUUGAUGCUGCCUUCAAGUGAGCUUGUCAGGGAAAAUGAAAUACAUUCAGAUGGGGAUAUUGCUGGCAGUAAUAGAUGGCUUGAAAAUGCGCUCUCUGAUGCAUCCAUUCUGUCUGAAAAAAUAGAUUCUGCAUGGACGGGUAGUGACCUUUCAACAAAAGUUCAGCUUGCACAGGCACAUCAGAUGGAAGGACUCCAAGUUAAUUCCGUCAGGCAGCUUAGUCAAAAUGAUAAUCCUUCUUUUAAAAGGGUGAUGUCACCAAUGAGAUUUCAUUCAUUUGAUUCUGCACUAAGACUAAAAGAAAGAAUCCACAAAGGAUUGCCACCCUCUUUAUUGCAUUUGUCGGCAGUUAGAUCAUUCCAUGCUUCUGGAGACUACCGGACUAUGCUGAGAGAUCCUGUUUCUAGUGUGAUGAGGAGCUACUCGCAAACAUUGCCAUUGGAGGUGCAAAAGUUGAACUCAUUACCAAGUUCCAAUCCCUCCAUUACUUAUGUCUCUAAUAUGACUGGAGGUGCCCGAUUGCUACUUCCUAAGAGGAGCAACAACAAUAUUGUUGUUGCUGUUUAUGACAAUGAUCCUGCUAGCAUAGUAUCAUAUGCCCUUAGUUCUAAGGAAUAUGAUGAUUGGGUUGCAAAUAGGUCGAAUGAGCAUGAUGGAAAGUGGAGCACAAACGAGAGCUUCAAAGAAGAGUCUGCAUCUUCUGCGUUUUCUGCUUGGCAAUCCUUUGGCUCCCUGGAUGUGGAUUAUAUGCAUUCUGGAAGUUAUGCUUCUGAAGACACUUCAUCCAUGGGUAUGUUGUUUAUGGAAUCCAGAAAGUCACCACAUUUAACGAUUUCUUUUGCUGAUGAAUCUGCAAGUGCUGGAGGCAAAGCGAAGUUUUCUGUUACCUGUUAUUUUGCAAAGCAGUUUGACUCUCUUAGAAAGAAAUGCUGCCUUAGUGAUGUUGAUUUUGUACGUUCAUUGAGCCGUUGCAAGAGAUGGAGUGCGGAAGGGGGAAAAAGCAAUGUAUAUUUUGCCAAGUCAUUGGAUGAGAGAUUCAUUAUAAAACAAGUAAAAAAGACAGAACUAGAAUCCUUUGAGGAAUUUGCACCAGAGUACUUCAAAUAUUUAAUGCACUCUCUUAGCACGGGAAGUCCAACUUGUCUUGCUAAAGUUAUUGGUAUUUAUCAGGUCACUAUAAAGCACCUGAAAGGCGGCAAGGAAACAAAAAUGGAUUUGUUGGUGAUGGAAAACCUUUUUUUCAGGAGAAAUGUCACGAGAGUCUAUGAUCUUAAGGGCUCUGCACGAGCUCGUUACAAUCCAGAUACCACAGGGACAAACAGAGUAUUGCUAGAUAUGAAUCUGGUAGAGACACUGCGCACAGAACCCAUUUUCCUGGGGAACAAGGCCAAGCGAAACCUGGAGAGAGCUAUAUGGAAUGAUACAUCCUUCUUGGCGUCUGUUGAUGUGAUGGAUUACUCGUUGCUGGUUGGUGUGGAUGAGGAGCGCAAGGAGCUAGUGGCAGGGAUAAUUGAUUUCGUGAGGCAAUAUACAUGGGACAAGCAUUUGGAAACGUGGGUCAAGGCAUCUGGGAUACUUGGAGGCCCCAAAAAUGCUUCCCCAACGAUUAUUUCUCCCAAACAAUACAAGAAAAGAUUUCGAAAAGCAAUGACUUCCUAUUUUCUCUCAGUACCUGAACAAUGGUCUUUAUGAACUAAGCCAUUGCAUUCUUUUUGUUAUUGACGCAUUUGUUAAUAGAGGUUUAGAGACUAAAAAUGCAGAUAAAAAAUGGAGAACAUGGAGAUACUUUUCUUUCUGCUGAAAGCUUUUGCAUGGGCAUAUAUAGCCCAAAGAACUGUGCAUAGAAGAGGGGGAAUGUAAAAUAUCUUGUUGAGAGGUCAUUGCACAGCCUUUUUUUAUAUAUGUGCAACCACACCUCGAAGAUAGCUCGAAAUGACUUAUUUGUAAUGUACAUUUAUUGUUUUAAUCUUGGCAGUUUAAAAGCAAGAUUAUUUCAUGCAACUUAUACAGAUUUUGUUUGCUGAUGAA